AUGCUCUCGGACCAGUCUUUUGUGACUCUAGCCACAAAUGACUCCUAUGUGAAAGGAGCACUGGUACUUGGUUCAUCCUUGCAACAGUACAGAACAACAAGGAAGCUGACUGCACUCAUAACUCCUCAGGUCUCAGAUCUCAUGAGGAAAGUGCUGGAAAAAGUCUUUGAUGAAGUCAUAUUGGUAAAUGUCUUGGAUAGUGGGGAUUCAGCACACUUGGCAUUAAUGAAAAGACCUGAGCUGGGUGUCACACUAACAAAGCUUCACUGCUGGGAACUGACGCAGUUUUCAAAAUGUGUUUUCAUGGACGCAGACACAAUGGUUUUGUCAAAUAUCGAUGAGCUUUUUGAGAGAGAAGAGCUGUCUGCAGCACCAGAUCCAGGCUGGCCUGACUGUUUUAAUUCUGGAGUUUUUGUUUACCGACCUUCCAUUGAAACAUACAAUCAGCUGUUACAGUUUGCCACAGAGAAAGGCAGCUUUGAUGGUGCAGAUCAGGGGUUGUUAAACACCUUCUUCAGCAGCUGGGCAACAACAGACAUGAGCAAACAUCUACCAUUUAUUUAUAAUUUGAGCAGCACUUCUGUAUAUUCCUACCUUCCAGCAUUUAAAGCGUUUGGUGCAAAUACUAAAGUGGUGCAUUUCCUGGGAAGCACAAAGCCAUGGAACUAUACAUAUGACUCCAGAACAAAAAGCAUAAAAGGCAACAUGGAUGACUCUAAAAUAGUUCACCCAGAAUUCCUCAACAUGUGGUGGGAUACCUAUGCAGCUAAUGUUUUACCAUUACUAGAACAGCAUGGAAUUGUUAAAGACAUUAAUACAGGUGUAAACAUGGCAGAGGUUACAGAGGCGGUGUCCCACAUAUCAAUAUCAGCACCAUCACCAGUAUUACCAACUGUAUCUUCAGAAGAACGCAAGGAACGGUGGGAACAGGGCCAAGCUGACUAUAUGGGAGUGGAUUCUUUUGACAACAUCAAGAAGAAACUUGAUACCUACCUUCAGUAGAAAUGCCUGUCUCAAACAGUGGUGAUGCAAGGACUUGUUCCAGAACUAACAGCUAGAAAGGUAUAGAUGGUGGUCAGUUACACUUGCUAGUAGCUUGUUGAAAAACUUCUUGGCUGAAGGCCUCUGCAGUGCUACAGACGAAGACUGAGCAAAAGCUAGGAAGCAGAAUUCCUUGGGCCACCUAUAACUGCCCAAUUUCCAAUUCUCCCUACUAGAUAAAACCAGGUAUUUUCAGCUUAAAUUUUCUUCUGUUGUGAUCAAUUGGCUCAACAUAUUCCUUGAAACUGGGUUUGUUACCUCACCUCAUUAAGGUGAUUAGCAUUGAUUCCUUUGCUUGCUGUUUUAGAUGUAAAAUCUAAUUCAUGGGAUUGCUCAUACACUAGAGUGGUAGCCAUUCUGCUUUACCAUAAAUAUAUUAAUGACACUGGGAUACAUACAGAUGUAACAGUAAUAGCACUGCUUUGCUCUUCCAGUCACAAUUGCACUGAAGUUUUGACCAGGUUCUUACGCACAGUGCCUACAGCAUGGCAGAAUGCAUUUUUCAGUUCUGUAUACUAUGGGACUAGUAAACUGAGUUUUAUCUGUUACUUGCAAUGUUGCACUUGAUACAAAAAUAAAAAGUUGUCAUGCA